AUGACUAAAAAUUCUUUUUUUCAAUGUAAGCAAAGUUCUUGUUGUCGUGAACUGAUAGGUUUAGAUAAGUUCCGACAACAUUUAAAAAGACACCAUUCUUUAACUGAUCCAGACGAUCCAGUUAAUAAUACAAAUUCUUCUUUACAUACAACUGAAGCUGAUUUCCUUCAAGAGUUAUCCAUAGAUGUUUCACAUAGUAGUGUUACUAGUUUAAAUUUAUGUAAUUACACUAAUUUAAAUAGUAAUUUAAAACUUGAUUAUGAGCUUUCUGAAGAAGCCAUUUUAUUAAAUGAAUUUGCGUCAACUACCAACAAUUCUGAUAAUAGAAAAGAUAAUGUGUAUAAAAAUAAGGUUGAAAAAAGUGUUUUAAUGUUUAUUUCAAAAUUGGCUUCCAAACCAAAUGUUACUAGCUCACUAUUACAAGAAAUAAUAUGUGGGGUUGAAGGUAUAUUUUCUUGUGGUAUCAUAUCAGACAUAAAACACAAUGUUAUGCCCAUUCUUAACAAAAUUAAUGAAUAUAAAAAAUCUGAAAUUGAAAACAUGUUUGAUGCUUUAGAAAAUGCUUUUUCUCAAGUUAAAACUGAAUACCAUCGUACCAAUUUUUUUUUUUAA